AUGCCUUUGACAUCCGUCAAACCAAGAUGCCUUCUACCUUUAGUGAGCGUUCCAUUGAUCGAGUACACUUUGGAGUUCUUAGCCAGAGCUGGUGUCAACGAAGUCUACCUUAUGUGCUCUUCCCAUGCCGAUCAAAUUCAGCAAUACAUCGAAAACUCUAAGUGGGCGCUGCAUUCACCAUUUAAAGUUACUACAAUCAUGAGCUUGGAAUCCAGAUCCGUUGGUGAUGCCAUGAGAGACUUGGACAACAGAGGACUCAUCACUGGUGAUUUCUUGUUGGUUUCUGGUGAUGUUGUUACCAACAUCGACUUUGAAAAGGUUUUGGCCUUCCACAAGCAGAGGAAGCUGGUAGACAAAGAACAUAUUGUGUCUAUGGUGCUCACCUCAGCCAGCCCAUUGCAUAGGACUAGAUCCCACGUCGAUCCAUCGGUGUUUAUAUUGGACAAUCAGUCCAAUCGCUGCUACUACUACCAGGAUAUUCCCCAGCUGGUGCUUUUGGAGGACAUCGAGAAUGAUUUUGUUGUACGCAAUGAUUUGAUCGACUGUCACGUCGACAUCUGUUCUCCCCAUGUUCCUCAGAUUUUCCAGGAGAAUUUUGAUUAUCAAACUCUUAGAAGUGAUUUUGUGAAGGGAGUUUUGACUUCUGACUUGUUGAAGAAGACUAUUUAUGCAUACAUCGCCGAGGGCGCUGAGUACGCUGCUCGUGUGGAAUCCUGGGACACUUACGACGCCAUCUCUCAGGAUGUUUUGGCACGUUGGUCCUACCCACUUGUGCCUGACAUGAAUUUGAUUGGCCUGUCUUACAAGUACGAGUUUAAUCACAUCUACAAAGAAGACAAGGUUGUGUUGGCACAGUCUUGUAGAGUCGGAAACAGUACGUCUAUUGGUGCCAACACUAGUGUCGGCGCUCAUACUGCUAUUGAGAAAUCUUCAAUUGGUCGCAACUGUCAAAUUGGUGCUAACGUCACCAUUAGCAAUUCAUACAUUUGGGACAAUGCUGUGAUCGGGGAUGGUGCCACGAUAAACAACGCUAUAGUGGCGAGUGAAAGCACCAUCAAACAUGGUGCUGAGAUCCGGAAAGGCGUUGUCAUUGGUUACAACGUGACUGUUGGCGCUGGAAAAGUCAUCUCAGCUAACACCAGACUUGUUGACAAGCCUGUCCAAAAAGAAUUUGGUAGCAGCGCUUUUGAGCUGGACAACGAAGACGACGACAGUCAUGAGGAUGACAUUGCAGGAAACGCAAAUGAUGCGGACAUAGUUGGUGAGGAUGGUGAAGGUGUGAUGUACAUGUCAGAUCGUGAGCUUGAUGACGAGUCCGAACUGGAAAGCGCCUCACUCAACAACAGCAGUCUCAUCUAUCAAAUGAGUUAUCUCAAUGUCUCGGAUGACUCAAUUGCAUCAAUCACGAAGAAAAAGAUCAAGAGACAUGCUCGUCACAACUCGAGGAGCAGCAGAAGGAUGUCUGCGACAUCUAUUCUCUCCACAGACUAUGAGUUUGAGGAAGAAGAACAAGAGGAUUUCAACAAAGAGGCCGUUGCCACCGUUGAGAGGGCCAUGGAAAAUAAUCACGACUUGGAUACAGCACUUCUUGAGCUCAAUACAUUGAGAAUGUCGAUGAAUGUCACCUACCACGAGGUGCGUCAAGCUACAGUCCUGGCGAUGGUAAAGAGAAUUGUUCACUUUGUGUCCACGGAUACUCUUAACGUUAAGGAGGCUGCGGCCAAGAUAUUCAACGACUGGGGUGCACUUUUCAAAAGACAAGUUUUUACUCAGGAGGAACAGCAAGACCUCGCGCAAAUUAUCCAAGAGACGUGUGCUAACGUCGAUCAGGAGUACAAUCAAGUAGUAUUGUUCAUUGCGCUUCGGCAACUCUACGAGAAGGACAUCAUUGAGGAGGACAACAUAUUGAAGUGGUGGGAGUCAGAGGCAUCGUCCGAGAGCGAGGUUUUGAGGCAGGUGCGUGGCUUGACGGCGCAGUUUGUCGAAUGGUUGCAAGAUGCUGAAGAGGAGAGUGAGGAGGAAAGCGAUUAA